AAGGCCGCCUGGACUCCUCGAAAGCAGCAGGUACCCGGACGAGCUGGAGGCGGGGAGCGAAUAACGCGGACCUAGAAGGUUCGGAUGGAGGGCGUCAAAGAGAAAGGGCUGGAUCAUAAUCUAGAGGGGCAAUAGGGACCCGCCCCAGUGAGCGGAAUUAAAAUGUGUGGUAGCUGACGGCUUGUGGAUUGGCUCCGAGGGGGCGCAAAGGAGGUGCCGCAGGGCAGCGGUUACAGGGUUCAGCCGCUGCCGUUUCCCCGCAGAGGGAGCUCCUCCGCGCAGAGAGGAGUUCCCAGACUCUUACAUCCUGUCUGCGAAGAUCCGGAUUUCCUGGGGGAUUCCUAGGGAUAGCGCCGUUCCUCCCGCCGAGGAGCCGAGAGCAAAGAAUCUUCCCCACCUCGCCACCGCGGACGCACACACUCAACUCUCCAGUCCUGGAAAAUCCUUGCUCCUCACGGUGCGAAGUCUCAGGGCUCAAGUUCCGGGCUGCGCAGUUCACCGCACCCUUCGGCCACAGGUUCGCCGCCGGGUAGCCCAGGGAAACACACCGGCAGCCCCUCGGUCCCUCGUCCCACGCACCCAAUUGGCCUCCCGGCCCCGCCCCCCAACCCCUCCUCCGCCGCGGCCCGGGAGUGGCGUCAGCACGCCGGCCCCGCGUGGGGUUUAAAUGCCCACUAGCUGGAGGCCCGGCGCUUCUAUCUCGGAGCGCGGUGGCAGCUGGAAUUGCAGGGGUGGGAAGGGAGCGUGCGAGCGGGAUCCCGAGCCGCGGAGCACGCUGCCCCUCGCUCCGCCGCGGAUGACUUGGGAGCUCGGGUCCAGGUGCCGCCCAUGCAGCAUCCCUGCCCUCCGCCGCCCGAGAGUUGAUGAUAAAACACUUAACCGUCUCCGCUGCGGGAAGCCAUGAGCUGUCUGGAUGUUAUGUACCAAGUCUACGGUCCUCCCCAGCCUUACUUCGCAGCCGCCUACACCCCUUACCACCAGGGUCUGUCGGACUCCAGAUUUCUUCCGAGCCCGGUGCUGGCGCGGGAAGAUGCGAGCAAAGCUCACGCAGGGAAAACCAAAAUUUGGUCCCAAAGAAACUAGCCUAUUACUCCAAAAUGCAGGAAGCCCAGGAGUGCAACGCCAGCCCCAGCAACAGCAGCGGCAGUGGCAGCUCCUUCUCCAGCCAAACUCCGGCUAGUAUAAAAGAAGAAGAAGGCAGCCCGGAGAAAGAGCGCCCACCAGAGGCGGAGUACAUCAACUCCCGCUGCGUCCUUUUCACCUAUUUCCAGGGAGACAUCAGCUCUGUGGUGGACGAGCACUUCAGCCGGGCCCUGAGCCAGCCUAGCAGCUAUUCCCCAAGCUGUACAAGCAGCAAAGCCCCGCGGAGCUCUGGGCCCUGGCGGGACGGCUCCUUCCCGAUGAGCCAGCGCAGCUUCCCCGCCUCCUUCUGGAACAGCGCUUACCAGACGCCGGUGCCCGCGCCGCUGGGCAGCCCUCUGGCCGCCGCUCACUCGGAGCUGCCCUUCGCCGCUGCCGACCCCUACUCGCCGGCCGCGCUGCACGGCCACCUGCACCAGGGCGCGGCAGAGCCCUGGCACCACGCGCAUCCCCACCACGGGCAUCCGCACCACCCCUACGCGCUGGGCGGCGCCCUCGGCGCCCAGGCCGCCGCCUACCCGCGGCCCGCCGCCGUGCACGAGGUCUACGCGCCGCACUUCGACCCGCGCUACGGGCCGCUGCUGAUGCCCGCCGCCUCGGGGCGCCCGGCCCGCCUCGCUCCCGCGCCGGCCCCCGCGCCAGGCAGCCCGCCCUGUGAGCUCUCGGCCAAGGGCGAGCCGGCCGGCGCCACGUGGGCCGCGCCCGGGGGACCUUUCGCGAGCCCCACGGGGGACGUGGCCGGGGGUCUGGGCCUCAGCGUGGACUCAGGUUUGCAGCCUCAGGACAAAAGCAAGGAUCUAUACUGGUUUUAGACAACCCACCUUCUUCCCUGUAGGUCUCUGCAUAGUGCAAUUGGUGACACUCAGAGCUGAAAUCAAGUGGGUUUGUAACAGCUUCUGAUCUUGGUUUGCAGCUCGUCGUUAUUCCCUCUGUGGUGCAUCCCUCCUGAGCUGAUCUGCUGACCCAGGGUUUCCCCUUCCCUUUCCCUUCCGACCAGCCAUGGAGGCUGGCAUCUGUGCCUCUCACUUCAUGGAUGAGGACAUGGGGGAAUGCAGAGACUUCAAACUUCUCCGUGUAUUGGGAAAACCAGAACACACAUCGACAGAAUUUUCAUCUAAAAAUAAUUCCUUCUGCCAAAAGAGGAAAUCCAAAGACUCUGAAUGAUGCUUAAUGACUUUUGGGCAAAUCACUGGAAAUAUCCAUGGUGAUCACUUAGGUGACAUGAUUCAUAGUUUUCUCGGAAAGAGGGAAAGAAAAAGAGAUGUUUUGGUGUGAAUAUUUUUUAUGCUGAUGUGAAUUAUUUCAUUAAGUAGUGUGAUCAUAGCACUGCAAUGUCAAUAUCCUCAGACUGAAAUGUAUUUGUAUUUGCAUCAAAGACUGUGGUAGAGAAGUCAAAAGAAGCCAAUUCCUUCUUCCUCACCUGUAGCCUCCAGCUCCUUUCCUGCCCACUCCCUCCCUACAACACCCACUCCAGACACAAAGACACACUUUCUUCUUCGGACUGUGAACGUGGAAGCCUCAGCCUGAAUGUGAGCGGCAAGUGGCGAAUCUGGAGCCACCUGCCCGAGUCUUACUGAAAUGCAGCUGUUGUAGGACAACUGUUUAAAACUCCAGAAAUACAUCGACCAAAGGGGGCACUUCCCAGUGUUUGGCACAGCAAUUGCAGUUGCACUGGAUAUGUUUUAUACGUGUGUGUGUGUGUAUAUAUCAUAUUUUUUACAAAGAACAUUUUAUGAUGAAAGAAGAAGCUCUCUCUGCCUUCUCUCCCACGAAUUCUGUCCCUCCCUCUAUCCUUCUUUGGGUGAAAAAAAGUAAGCAUCAAGAGGCCCCAGUUGUCUCCAAGAAGAAGAACUAGGAGUCACCACAAGGGGAAGAGAUGCCCAUGGAGUCUCUGGUACCUCGAAUAUUCUUCUCAGUCUCUGUGGUCAUGAUUUGGUCACUUUAGUGUUGGGACAGGGGAAGGGGUACACAUGUGGGCAAAACUGAAGGGGAUGAGGAAGAAGAAGCGAACAUUAAAGAUGUUUGUUUACCACUA